AUGACGACUGGAGGAGGAAGACAUGGUGCGGAAGAGGACCCGGAUUUCGAUUUCGACUUGGAGCGGAGCAGCGGCGUGGUGGAGGUAAGUAUGGCUGUGGAAGACCCGGAUUUCGAUUUGGAGAGGGCUGUCUGCAGCCACGGGCUGUUCAUGAUGGCGCCCAAUCGAUGGGAUCCCACCACCCGCACCUUCCAGCGACCCCUCCGCCUGCGCUGCUCGUCCUCUUCGUCCUCCCCCCUUUUCGUCGUCGUCCGCAUCUCCCACCCGUUCCCCAGGCCUUCUCUCCUCCGCAUCUUCGUCUUCGGAGCGGACGCUCUCUCCCUUCCCCAUCAACAGUCCUUGCUGGUACAGUCCCACCUCUCUCUCUCUACUCUCUCUAGAAGCACGGGCCUGAUUUUUCCGGUUAUUACAGGCUCAGGUCAGGCGGAUGCUUCGGAUCAGCGAAGCGGACGAUCGGGCAGUGAGGGAGUUCCACAAGGUUCACCGUGUCGCCAAGGAGAGGGGCUUCGGGCGGGUUUUCCGAUCACCCUCGCUGUUUGAAGACAUGGUCAAGUGCAUCCUUCUCUGCAACUGCCAGUGAGUGACUACUCCUCUGCCAACCAACCUCAUUCACCACCUACCCCCUCAAAUGAAAUAAUGAUUAAUUAUGGAAAAAUGAAGCGUUUCUGCGCCCAUUUCAGCACUAGCUUCGCUUGAAUCCUAUCGUUUGCAUUGUUUGAUUGAGUUCUUCAUUUCCUCGCAGCAAUCUGCGUGCCUUGCUUAGAGAUGCAUGAAUUCUUGUCGCCAUGCUCUUUUUAUGCAAUUAGUCUAGAAGAACUUCGACCGCCAUGGCUGACUAUUCUGAUCCAGGUGGUCAAGGACUUUGUCGAUGGCCAGAGCGCUAUGUGAACUUCAAUCAGAGUUAAAAGAUGGCUCAGUCGUCAAGAAUCUUCAGCCGAGGACCCCUCAGAAGAAAGAACUCAAAAGAAAGAACUCUCGUCAGGAAAAAAGCAAGCUCAGGUUAAGUUUUGUGGGGGAAGAAGCUGAAGCAUCAUCAACAUGUGGAACUUCAGGGAACUCUGGUGACGACCUUCAUCAAUAUCCAAAACGGCAGAGGUUUGACUCAAGCAUCAAUCACAAACCUCGUCAACUCCUGGGGAUAACUGAUGCAGAAGAGAUUCUCUCUCCUCUCCUCUUACCUGAGAUUGGAGAUUUUCCUAGCCCCGAAGAACUGGCGGGUCUUGAUGAAAAUUUCCUGGCAAGACGCUGUGCUCUUGGGUACCGAGCAAAGCGCAUACGAUCACUUGCUCGAGCCGUAGUGGAGAAGAAGAUCCAACUAGACGAACUUGAAGAAACAUGUGACGUAUCGGAUCCAUCAAGCUAUGAGCAACUGAAUGAAAAAUUAUCUUGUUUAGAUGGGUUUGGUCCUUUCACAUGUGCCAAUGUCCUCAUGUGCAUGGGAUUUUAUCAUAAGAUCCCAUCAGACUCUGAGACUAUUAGGCACUUGAGGCAGGUGGGUGGCCCUUUUUUCUUCCAUUUUCUUGACACUCUUCUCCAAAAUUGUAUCCUGAUGCUUCAUGGAAUUUUUCGAAUGCUCCAUGCAGUUCCAUUCACAGAGCUGUGCCACCAUUAGAAUGGUUGACAAGCAUGUUGAUGAUAUAUAUGGAGAGUUUGCUCCCUUCCAAUUUUUGGCUUACUGGUAUGAAUCAUUCCUUCCCAGAGUUUCUCUCUACUAGUCAUCUUAACUUCACUUUUUUGGGUAUAAUUGUUGUAUAUUUAUUCUCUCUUUCUUUUGUUUUUAACCAGGUCUGAGCUGUGGAAUUUUUAUGAGCAAAUGUUUGGAAAGACAAGCGAAAUGGCCCAAUCUGACUAUCAACUCAUCACGGCAAGCAAUAUGAAGGACCAGAGGAUGAUCAAAAGGCAGGGUUGA